AUGAGCGGCGGGCGUAGCGGGCGAUCCGCCGUGAAGAUGGAGGCACCGUUUUACCCUGAGGAAGGACUGGAGUUGCUCCCCGACUUCGUGGCGCUGCCGGGUUUCGAUCUGGGGGCCGCCGCCGCGCCGCUCCCGGGGCCCUUCACCCUUCGCCCGCCCGCCAACGCCCGCGGCAGCGCGGCAGCUCUGCGCUUGUUGCUGCCGCCGCCGGCCGCCGCCGCCCCGCCACCGGCCGCCGGUUCCGCGGAGCCGGCGGCCGGCGGCGGGGCGGCGGCGGCGGCGGCCCGCAGUGGCCCGGAGGCCGCACUGGGCUCAGCUGCAGAGCUGCCGUUGCUGAAACUACCUCCGGCCGCCGAUCUGGAGCAGCUGCUGAUCCAGGGGGGCACGGGGCUGGGGUCCGGCAGCCCGGGGCCGGCGGCGCCCGGGGCGGGCAGCAGCGGGGCAUCGGCGGCAGGGCCGUUUCUCUACCGGCAGCCGGUGACGCAGGAGCAGGAAGGUUUUGCCGACGGUUUCGUUAAGGCCCUGGCCGACUUGCACAAGCAAAACCAGCUCCUAUCGGCACCUCCGCCACCGCUUUCCACACCAGGACCGUGCUGCACCGCCCGCCCGGGGCCACCGGGAGCUCCCGCCGACCCGCCGGCUGUCUACACCAACUUGAGCGGCUUCAACCCAGCGGGGCCGCUGAGCCCCUCGGGCAGCGCCUACUCUGCCGCCUCCGCCCCGCCGCCGCCACCGGGCCUGGCCUUCGGGGCGGCUGGUUUAGGGAGCGGCCGGCUACCUCCAGCGCGGUCCCUGGAGGAGCCGCAGACGGUGCCCGAGGUGCCGCCGUCGGCGGGCGGGGAGGGCGGCAGCAGCGCGCCGACGCCGCCGUCGUUGUCACCGCUGGACGCGGAGAGCCAGGAACGGCUGAAGGCGGAGCGCAAGCGGCUGCGGAAUCGCAUCGCCGCCUCCAAGUGUCGCCGACGGAAGCUGGAGCGCAUCGCCCGGCUGGAGGAGAAAGUGAAGGCGCUCAAGGGGCAGAAUGCCGAGCUGGCUGCCACCGCCAACCUCCUCCGCGCCCAGGUCACUCAGCUGCAGGGCCGCGUGCGCAGCCAUCUCUCCUCCGGCUGCCACAUCAACGCCGCCGGGCACCCUCCGCCCCCCGCAGCCGCAGCCUCCCAGCCGCGGGAGGUACCUCUGGAGGCGGCCGCCGCGUCGGAGACCAGCGCCUGCUGAGGAGGGAAGACCCGGCGGCAGCCGGCCCCGGAGCG